AUAAGCUGUUGAGAAGUGAGUAGUGGGAGGAUGGCCGCUACUCUAAUCGACAAAAGCGAAUCGAAACCGGAUGAUAUAAGUUAUAUAUUUGACACGAUGAAUUAUACAUCGGCCUCCGAUUCGGAUGAAAUUGUUAAGGAUUGGCUUUCAAGUCACAAAAAUAUACUUGGAUUUUUCAUUGAUGGCAAGUCACAAGUUCUAAAUAAACAACAAACUAUAAAAAUACCACAGCUUUCUGUUAAAGUUCCUGUGAAUGUAAUCAUUCAAUGCGAAGAGGAUAUUGAAAAUGCCAUAAACUCAUCCCAUUCAGCAUUUUCUGUAUGGAGUAAACUUUCAGGAUAUACCAGAGCUCAUUAUCUGAACAACAUAGCUAAAAUAAUUGAGGACAGUGUACAGCUGAUGACAAUUUUAGAAUCAAUAGAAUAUGAAAAACCAGUUUAUCUGGUGAAAGAAUAUGGUAUCCCUUGCUUGAUUCAAAGCUUGCACUAUUUUGCAGGAUGGGCUGCUCUGCCAGAUGAAAUGAAAAGAAAACAAGUUGGUGUUGUAGCUGUAGUGAUGGAUAAAUUUGUUAAUCCAUUAAUGGCUUGUUGGGGAAUUGUUCCUGCUUUGGCUAUGGGAAAUUCUGUUUUAUUAAUACCUGACAAUAUGUAUUGUGCAGGAGUGUUACUGUUUGCUGAAAUAUGUGCAGCAGCUGGGUUACCACCUGGUGUAAUAAAUGUAGUGCCUGGUGAUUCAAAUAUUUCCAAUAAAGUUGCUGCAAACCCAAAAGUCAAUAAGAUACUCUUUCAUGGGUAUCCAGAUGCAAUACAAAACAGAAUUGUUAACUUUAAAAAUGAUUUAUCUAUUGAUGUCAGUGGAAGACCAACUGUUAUAGUUUUUGAUACAGCAGAUAUAGAUAGUGCUGUGGAAGGAAUUAUUGAAACAGUUUUAUGCAAAGACAGGAAGAGUAAUUAUGGUGGUGUCAGAGUAUUAGUUCAAGAGUCAAUUCAAGCUUCUGUAAUUGAUAAAAUAGAAAAACGAAGCAGCAAAGUCAGACUUGGAAAUUGUCUUGAUAGAACUGUAGAUAUGUGUGAUAUUAUAAAUACAUCAACAAAUUCGUCUAUAAUAAAAUAUUUGGAUGAUGCCAAAAAAUAUGGAGCUCAAAUUUUUCAAGCUCCUCCUUCAAUUAAUAACACAAAGACCAUACCAUUAACUGUAAUCAGCAAUAUACAAACAGCUACAACCAUAGUGUCAUUACCUGAUUUUUCAGGACCAUUUAUUUUAAUCUUACCAUUUCGUACAGCUUCUGAAGCUGUUACUCUAGCAAAUAAUAGCAAGUAUUUUUCAACAGUCAGUAUAUGGUCUGAAAAACAUAGUUUAGCACUUGAAAUUGCUUAUCAGUUAUCAUGUAGUACUGUGUGGAUUAAUAGUCAGAAUUUAUUAGAUCCUGCAAUUAGUUAUGGAUGUACUAUGUAUUCUGGAUGUAGUCAAGGUGGAGGCAAACAGGCAGUUUUAGAAUUUACUAUACCUACAUGGCAGACUGAUAAACCAUUUGAGGAAGUCAAUUUUAAUUUGGAUUUUGGAAAGAAAUCAAAUAUCAAAUCUGAAAUGUUUAGUAAAGAUCAAACUUCAUCAACAGUUCAACACUCAAAAUUAGCUGUUGGGCAUAAGUACCAACUGUAUUAUGAUGGAAAUCAAAAGAAGCCAGCUAAACAGACAUAUUAUGCAGUUUUGAAUAAAGAUAAGAAUAUUGUUGCAUAUCUAGCAGAAGCAAAUGCAAGUGAUGUAUAUAAUGCCAUUCAAUCUGCAAAUUCUGCAUUGUGUGGAUGGAAAAGCAAAAGUGGGCAAGAUAGAGCACACGUUAUGUAUAAUAUUGCUAAAAAUUUAGAAUUAAAAAGUGAUGAAUUUAGUAAAUUGAUAUCGGAAAUGACUAAUGAAUCUUUUGAAGAGAGUACAAAGGAAGUGCAGUUGGCAAUUCAAAGACUGUUUAAUGCAGCUGCACAAUGUCUUAAGCACAAAGGUGUUGUUGCAAACACUUUAUUUAUGGGUACUGUACUACAAGUUGCAGAACCAUUGGGUGUGAUAGUCAUUAUAUGUCCAGAUAUAAAUUAUCAAUCAUUCCUAUCUUUUAUUUCAUUAAUUUCACUUGCCAUUGCCAUGGGAAAUACAAUUGUUGCAAUUCCAAGUCAGUCUGGUUCAUUAUCAGCAAUUAAAAUGCAUCAGGUUUUUAAUAACUCAGAAGUACCAAAAGGAGUAAUAAAUAUUUUAACAGGAGAUCAACAUCAUUUAACACAUUGUCUAAUUGAACACCGAAAUAUUCAUUCUAUUUGGUAUCAUUCCAAUUCGGCAGAAGGUGCUGCAUUUGUUAAACAUAUAUCAGCUACUAGUAAUAGGCCUUUCUGGAUAGGAUAUCAUCCAAAACGUGAUUGGAAUAACAAGGAACAAGGACAAGGAAAAGAAUUUUUAUAUCACUGUUUAAAGUAUAAAUCAAUUUGGUUACCUGUUGGAAACACUUUUCAAUAGAAAUAUAAAAUAUUUUUCAAAAGUAUUGAAACAAAUUGAAAAUAAUUUUUUAGAAAUUAUAUAUUUUCUGUGAAAAUUGAAGUUUUA